UGUGACGUCAGACCUGGAAAUGAAGUACCGGCUCGCUUUGCGGCAGUGUUCUAUGUUUGAAAUGGAUGGAUUAUCUUUACCCGAUUUAUAAUGGACAGACCACAACAUUUAUAAUUUAUACUUUCCGGUGAAAUGAGCAAACCGGUUUUAUUUACCGAGCCCCAGUUGAAGUAACGUAAUUAAUGUUUUGCGAGAAUGUUUACUUGUUCCUAGCUUCCUUGCUUCCUCGCUUUAUGUAGGAUGAAUCUUUCUUUUAUUAAGGUGGCAUCCUCGCCAUGACCUUGCGGAUUUUGUGAUUUCCUAAUUCAAGACAGACACAUGUGGACCAGCUCAUUCCCGGGGACAGAUCUGACAGCUGUUUGACUUAGUGAUCACGAUGGCCUUUGCAGCAAGGACACUUCUUCUCAACCUGAGAUCCACUUUCAGGAACGCUGGCUCCUUUGCCAGAGUAAAACUGACCCAGAACUCCAGGACAAGUUUUGUGAAAAGAGGACAAAUUAUAACUCAGAUACCCAAGGUGACACUGUUGUGUUGGGGUGCUGUGAAUGCAACAACAUAUGUAGUGAAGUGCCAGGAAGCUGCUCUUUCACCCCAUGCUGCUGAAAGAAAGUCUCUAGCCAAAGUCCAAGUGCACAAAGUUGUAUUUUUCAUCCGCCUCACCCUUCGUGCAUUGGUUCUGCUCCUCAAAUUUGGACCUCUUCUCCUCCUCUCGCCCUUGACUUUGGUGUCCUCGCGCUUUGCGUCUCUUUGGCUUGACGCUCUGCUGUGGGUGACUGAGACAUCUGGUCCUACUUUCAUCAAACUGGGGCAGUGGGCCUGCACCAGACGAGACAUCUUCUCUCAGGAGUUUUGUGAGCGCUUCUCCAGGCUCCACAUCAAGGUGCGUCCUCACUCCUGGGCUCACACCAAGCAGUGUCUCCGCAGAGCCUUUGGGGAGGGCUGGAGGAACAUAUUAGUCUUUGAGAGCAAAGAGCCAGUGGGUUCGGGAUGUGUCGCCCAGGUGUACAGAGGUUGGGCCAAGGCAGAUAAAGUAGAGGACCCAGCCUUCCAGACGCUGGUGGAGGAGAUGGAGAGGAAAGAUUUACUGGAAGCCUGGGAGAUCCCUGGUUUCAGAAGAGUGGCCAGCACCCUUCAGUGGCUCUGGGGUAGAGGGGAAGAGUCCAAUGAGGAGAGAAGCUACACAGAUGGUCAGCAUGAGGAGAGCAGUUUGGAUAAAGAGCAUCUGAUCCCUGUGGCUAUCAAGGUGAUCCAUCCAGGCGUCAGGAGGCAGGUGGAGAUGGACCUGCUGCUCAUGAAAACAGGCAGUUGGCUUCUGCACUGCCUCCCUGCACUCAGAUGGCUCAGUCUGUAUGAGGUCGUGGAAGAGUUCGAAAAGCUCAUGACAAAACAGAUCGAUUUGCGUUUUGAGGCAAGCAACAUGGAACGUUUCCGUGAAAAUUUCCGUGAUGUGGAUUUUGUCAAGUUCCCAGCUCCCUUACGACCAUUUGUCACCAGGACCAUUUUAGUGGAAACUUUUGAAGAGAGCGAGCCUAUCUCUACCUACCUGAGCUCGGAUAUUCCUCAGCAGGUGAAGCAGAGAAUAGCCAGGAUGGGUGUGGACACCCUGCUGAAAAUGGUCUUUAUUGACAACUUUGUCCAUGGGGACCUCCAUCCUGGGAACAUUCUGGUCCAAACUCGGGGAGCACCUCCUGGUUCCAGUGACAGCACAGUGGGGUCCCAGGGUAAAACCACCCUCACUGACUUGUGGGACACAGUAGUUGUCAGCGUCAGGCCAGAACCAUUUCCUCUCCAGUUGGUGUUGCUGGAUGCUGGCAUCGUCGCCCAGCUCAGUGACCGUGACCUUGCCAACUUCAAGGCUGUCUUCACAGCUGUGGUCCUGCGGCAGGGUGAGCGAGUUGCAGAGUUAAUUUUACAUCAUGCCCGAGCCAAUGAGUGCAAAGAUGAGCCACAGUUUAAGAAGGAGAUGGCCCAGUUGGUGGACCACGCCGUCAGCAACACCCUCUCCCUGGAAAAGAUCCAAGUGGCUGAUCUGCUGUCGCAGGUUUUUGGUCUGCUCAUGAAACACAAGGUGAAGCUGGAGAGUAAUUUUGCCUCGAUUGUGUUUGCCAUCAUGGUGCUGGAGGGUCUGGGCAGGUCCCUCGAUCCAAACCUGGACAUCCUGGAUUUGGCCAAACCCCUGCUGCUAAAGAACUGUGCCUCACUGCUCUGACAUGCACACACGCAAAUACAGCACUUGAUGUGUCAUAAUUGUCGGUGCACGUACAUAUUGUACAUCUAGGGAUACAAUACACAUGUGCUGUAUAUUUAUCUGACCAUCGUUUGUGUUCAAGGUUACAAUGCAAGAUUCCUCUGUGGGUCACAAAAACACAAUCAUCACUUUCGUGAGCAGUGAUGACUCCAGAAAUACCUCACUGAGCUUUACGUUGUUCACUUUUUUUCUCUUUUUUUAACUUUAAUGACAGUUAUUCUUGAAUUUCACGAACUCAAAUAGAAAGGUGCUAAAAUCAUCUUUAAGAUCCCUCUAAUGAGUAAGAGCACGCUCACUUUAGAAGAGGCAGUGCCAGUGGAUGAGUCACACAGACAGAGACCAGCAUUGCUAGUGAUUUAAGAUGUGAAGCAAAAUACAGUGGAAGUCCACAGUUGACAUAUUAAAGUAUAUUUUUACUUUUUAAUGCCCAACAUUGAACUCAGGUUUCCUUUUAUUACUUUCUUUGUUGGAUUACAUCAUUUUUAAUCAGCCAUACUUGCUUUAGUGUGAAUGUUAAUGUACUGUAAUGUUCUUAAAAACCACAUUAAAUAUUGUGAAGCUAAAUGUGCUCACAGCUUGUCUGCGUCAAUACUGUCACUGUUCCAUCAAAGUCGUGGCUGAGAACACUCUACGAGUGAUACAUUUCAAUAAAAGAAAAUGUGCUUAA